CAAACAAACUCGCACACAACUGCAAGGUUUUAAAGUAGAACUCGAAUGAAAGUGUCCAACUUAAGAACAUCGGCAUUUCUAGUUUAGAUAGGUCGUACGAACCAUCAAAAAGAAGAGAAUUGCAAUAAUGUCUGUAAUUAGUAUUUGUCAUCCAUGAGGUGUCAACUCAGUGGUAAUGUUUUUGACAGAAUGUCAAAAGGCUAAUCUGAAAUUUAGAGAGAAGGAGAAGACAAUUGAAAGAGGAGAGAGAAAGAGAAACUUGAAAGCUGAAAAUGACAAUUGAAACUCUUGUAGAGAAUAGGAAAACAAGGAAGAAGAAGGAAGUGGUUGAUGGAAAUGUACCUUUGUUACCUAAGGCACAAGAAACAAAUGUUGAUUAUCAUGAAUUUAAUAGAGCUUCAUUUUCAGGAGCUGUUUUCAAUUUGUCAACCACAGUCAUUGGUGCCGGAAUCAUGGGCUUGCCUGCUUGUGUCAGAAAGUUGGGGAUGGUACCUGGUCUUCUUGCCAUAAUCCUCACAGCAUUACUAACAGAAAAGUCAAUUGAGUUUGUGAUUAGGUUUUCGAGGGCAGGGAAUCUUUCUUCCUAUGGAAGUCUUAUGGGGGAUGCCUUUGGGAAAUACGGAAAAAUAUCGGUGGAGAUAUGUAUUGUAAUCGGUAACACUGGUAUGCUGAUUGUUUACAUGAUCAUUGUUGGCGAUGUCAUUUCAGGAACAACUUCAAGUGGAAUUCACCAUCCUGGUAUACUUGAAGGAUGGUUUGGUGUCCAUUGGUGGACCGGGCGUACAUUUGUUCUUGUUUUUGCAACACUUGCUGUGUUUGCACCUUUGGUCAGCUUUAAGCGGAUUGAUUCAUUGAGAUUCACGUCUGCAUUGUCAGUUGGAUUAGCAGUUGUUUUCCUUAUCAUAGCCGUGGGGAUCUCAACUAUCAAGAUUAUUAGCGGGGGCAUUGAGAUUCCCAGACUCUUCCCGAUCAUUACUGAUGUAGAUUCUGUUUUUGAUCUAUUCACGGUAGCUCCUGUGCUGAUGACUGCAUACAUCUGUCACUUUAAUGUUCAUAGCAUAGAUAAUGAACUGGAGGAUUCCUCACGGAUGAGCGGGGUUGUGUGUACUUCCCUUACUCUAUGCUCUUCGGUGUACUUACUGACAAGCUUCUUUGGGUUCCUUCUAUUUGGUGAAGGAGUUCUUGAUGAUGUUCUUGCCAAUUUUGAUACUGAUCUUGGAAUUCCCUUCGGUUCUGCGCUCAAUGAUGCUGUUCGUUUGAGCUAUGCUGCGCAUCUUGUCCUUGUAUUUCCUGUAAUUUUCUAUGCAUUGAGGGUCAACUUAGAUGGUCUAAUAUUUUCCUCAUCAAGAAGACCUUUGGUUGUUGAUAACUUCAGAUUUGCAUCAAUUACUAUUUCCCUUGUUGGCAUUAUCUUCCUCGGAGCAAAUUUCAUACCGAACAUUUGGGUUAUUUUCCAGUUCACUGGAGCAACAGGUGCUGUUUGUGUAGGAUUCGUUUUUCCAGCUGCAAUCACUCUGAGGGAUCGAUACAACAUAGCAACUAAAACCGACAAGAUUUUGGCUGUCCUUAUGAUAGUGCUGGCAGUCUUCUCAAAUGCUGUGGCUAUAUACAGUGAUGCUUCUGCUUUGAUCAACAAGAAUUGAACUUAAUGUGAGUGAUAUCUCGAUUUGAUAGCUCAGAUUACAGGUAUUUCCAUAUUUUCAGAUAAAAGGAACACAAUUUGUAGUGGUUAUAUAAAUUUAAUUUUUUUUAGGGUUUGAUUAUCAUAUAAACAAAGCUACCAUGUGUAAAAUGUUCUUGAAAAGCAUGUGAAGGCCUGCAACAUGUUCAACCUUGUUUGUAAUAGAAUAGGGUUAUUUGAA